GACAGAUGCCUAAAUUCUCCUGGUACCUCUUUUGUCGACCAGUGAAGUUACCUUUGAAGUUCCAAAGGCAUUUUCAAUUUACACCAGGAGUCAACACUCUGCUUAACGAAUGUCUACAAGGUUUUUGUGAAGUAUGUGGGCGCAUUACGUGAUUCAGGACGAUGCUUAAUCCAAAAUGGAGGACCGGAGGAAGGUCAGGAUGAUGGGGAUUAUGGCGAUAUAAAUCCACAAGAUGGUGAUCCUAUACUUAACCAAGGAAUUCUCAUUGGAGAGACUAAUGAAGAAGAUGGGGACCAACAGAUGAAUCACAAUGCACAAGAUGAAGCAUUGGUUGAAAUGCGGGUGAUCCAUAUCGGUUUCAGAAACCGGUGAAAGAGAUCAAAGUAUUCAGAGUGUAACUUUGGAGUGGGAUCACGAAACGGACCAUGUUUUGAUAUCAACAUGGAAGAAAUGUCUAAUCCAAUACAACCAUUCGCUGACAGAGUUGAGGGGUCAUGAAUUAGAAAAGAGAAAGACCUGGAUGAAUGAUGCUGAUGGAAACAAAUUCAGGUUAAUAAAAGGAGGUAGAGGUGAAGCUAGUGGCUCCGGAAGUGGAAAGCGCAUGAAAGAUGAAUCUGCAACAAAAAUGCCGGAUCAAGAUCCCGUGACAAGUGAAGAUACUGCAACGGGAAACAUGUUGAGAAGCGUUGUGGGCCCUGAACCACCACUCCCACCAUUAGACAACAUGCUGGAACUGUCAAGGUCUAGGCAAUGACUCGACAGUUUGACGCCUAAAGGAGAUAAAGAGAAAAUAUCUCUCCGACAUCAUUUGUCUUUCAAAAACCAAGUCGCGCAAUGACUUUAUUCGAGAUGUGGGGGGGCACAGUUGGGGUUUUUUUACAUUAUGUAUCGGUUCCUCCUAUUGGACUUAUUGGUUUCUUAGUUAUCUACUGGAAGCACGAUGUACAGAUUUCCCUUUUAAGUCAGUCUAGUAAUCUCAUCGAUUGUAAUUUCCUAAGUAAUGAAUGUUGUUUCUAUUUGUCUUUUGUCUAUGAUAUAUCAUCCAAAUCCAGCCAUUAGACAUCACAAAUAGAAAAGGAUACAAAGAAUAGGGACAAGAAGAAGAAAGCAACCAUGGUUCAUUCUUGGAGAUUUUAGUGAUAUCCAUGGUAACCAAGAGAAAAUUGGAAGGAGAACUCGGCCACAAAUCUCUUUCCAUAAUUUCAGAGACUUGGUCCAAAAUAGUGACUUCACCGGCUAAAAUCUAUUGAGAGUAUAUUUUCCUCGGUUGGUCAAAGAGGUCAUCAUCAUGUGCAGUGCUGCCUUGACAGAACUUUGGCAAAUAGUAAGCUGUUUGAAGAAUAUCAUACUUCUGAAACAGAGUAUUUAGCAUUGGUGAGUCUGAUCACAGACCUAUGGUGACUUACAUCUCCUAUGAAAGAGAUGAACCAAAAUGGAUAUUCAGAUAUGACAGUCGUAUGAAUGGAAAGAAGGGGUUUACAAAUUCGAAAAGACGGCUGGAAAGGCACUGGACAAGCUCAAUUACUAGAUAUGACUCUGUCUCAACGUCUCUGGAGAUGUCGUAGUCAAAUCUCUCAGUUGAAAAAGACUAACCGCAUUCAUCGGGAGAAGGUGUAAAUAUACUCAAGAGUCGCAUGGACAAUGCUAUUUGCUCCAGUCCAGCUUCAAUUGAGGAGGAAGUCUUUUGGGAACAAAAAAGUAGGAUAACAUGGUUGAGAUAUGGAGACAAAAUUACUAAGCACUUUCACGAGAUUACUAAAGCAAAGAGAAACAGAAACAACAUCACAGCUAUUCAAAAUCCUGAUGGUGUAAUACAGAGAGGUCAACAAAACAUAGCUAAGGUUGCCUAAGAGUACUUUCAGAAGCUUAACUCAUCUGAUACUGUAACACCGAAUCAGUUUGAAGAAAUAUUUAGCAGUUUUUAGAAAUGAGUUACUGAUGACGUGACUAAAGAUUUAAUACGUUUAGUAACACCAGAGAAUAUCCAGACGGCUAUCUUUGAUAUUGGCGCACAUCGUGGGCUUGAUAGUUUUUUUGGCUAUCUUCUACCACCAAUAUUGAAAUGAAUUAAAACCGGAGAUCAAUGAUGAAGUAAUAAAGUUUGUUGAGGAAGGUACACUAGAUGAAUCCCUCGACCCUACUCAUCUUUGUCUCAUCCCAAACAUUUAUCCUCCGACUGGAAUGACGGGUUCAUGCCCAUUGCAGUGCCAUAUGUUUUUACUGUCAAAAUCGUAAAAUUGUGUUUUUCCGUCAAAACCAAAAAUCACAUUUUUUCUACUAAAAGAAAAAUUGCAUUUUAUUAAGUAUUGAUGAUAAAUUGUAAACUUUAAAAUAUUGUGUGUAUACUAAAUUUGUAUUGUCUAAAUGUGGUGAGAAAUAGUUGAUCACAAAAAUAAUAUAUUGAUAAAUAAAAUUAAAUAUGUUUUUAAUAUUUGUAAAAAUGGAUACUAAACCCAAACCGUAGAAACGUAUAAAUGUCUUCUUUCAGGUCUAACUAAUAAUUAUCUUACUUGCAUCAAAACUAUACUAAAAGGCAAAUACUAAGCCUCCUUAGAUGGUCCACGUCGGACUGGAAAAUUAGCCACUCAUGGAGCAGCAUUUGUCCACGUCAGGUUACUUUCAUAUUGGUUUGGGCUUUCCACGUUUUGGCCCGUUUGUUCUGUGCGAAUAUUGGUUGGACCCAUUUGCUCUUUACUUUCACGUGAUUGUUUAGAGACGACCAGACGUUGACGUAACCCUAAAUUUGCUCUUCUCUCCUCUUUCGACUUCCCCAUCUUCCAUUGUUCUUCUCAGCAAAUCGGUUUCGACGAUUAACUUCAUCACUUAUAUCCUCACAAUAACUACUGUAAUCAAGUCUUCGCGUGAACUGAUCCGAUGAAUUCCUUUCGCUUACCUCUCCAUUUUUUAUUUAUAACCCUCUUCUCCUCUUACCAAAUUCUUCCAUCACAACUAAGAAUAUUCUCUCAAAUCUCACUCCGAUGGAACUCAGCGGCAAAUCCCCAGCUUCCAGCGACCACAACACCAGCAAGAAGACUGUCGCCUCUUCUGCGACUGCGAAAUCAACCGGAAAGUCCACUGCUUCGUCUGCGAUCAUGGUGAAACGUAACGGCAAGGCUGUUGCUUCAUCUGCCAAUCCGAUGGAACCAAACGCUGCUACCGAUCUCUCCUCUCUGCCUAGCGAGCAAGUGAUGUUCUUCAGAGAGGUUUCUCUCGGCCCACGCGAAGCCGAGUUGAUGUUCCGUAUGAUUCAUUUCUGGGAUGCUCGCAACCCAAACACGAAGACCCUCAUUGGACGAGAGAUGCUCCUAAUCGACGAAGAGGGAACUGUUAUUCAAGGUUUUAUUCCAGCCAGUCGAGUUGAGAGAUAUGAGCUGAUAGCAGGUUCUGUCUAUAAGCUGAUCAAUUUUUUCGGAUCCAGAAGCAAAGAUCAGUUUCGCGUUGCUGAUCAUAGUGCCACCGUCUCAUUCAGCUGGAAUUCCUCUUUGUCUGUUCUUGAGAAUCCUCCGGUUCAAAUACCAGAAGAUAGGUUCAGGUUCCAUACCUAUGAGGAGUUUAAGGCCAAUUGUGACUCCAGAGCUGAUCUCUAUGAUUAUGUUGGUCAUAUGAAGUUGGUGAAUGGGCAGACUUUGACUGACCAUAUUGUUCUCGACGAAGCUGACAUAGCAGAGAAGCGGCAUCUGUGUGUUCAUAUACAGACACAUGAUGGACCAGUGAUGAAGAUGUAUCUAUGGGACAAGGCUGCUUCCGACUUUUGCCAGAAAUUCAAAUCGUACGGAGGCAUUCCAAGCGUUCUUUUGGUCACUACAGUGAAUCCUAAACAUAUUGGAGGGACCCUUGCUCUCACUUCGAUGUCAUCUUCCCGAGUGUUUAUGGAUGCCGAUGUUCAGCCAAGCAAGGAUUAUCUCGAAUGGUAUGUAUUUAUGUAUUCAAAUACUUUUUUCUACAACUUUUGUAUAUAUUUUAACACUGUAUUAUUCCUAAAAUAUCUGGGCUUUUGUCUUUGGUUCAGGUUGGUCUCAAACUCAGAAAUUGCUAAUAGAGUUUCAGCUGAGGUUGUCACUAAGCCUGAGGCAGUGACUCUUGGGGAACUAUUCUCUUACAUCAAGAAUGAAACUUCUAAGGUUGCUUGGUUCGAAUGCACUGCAACUAUAGAUGAUGUUAUUCAGGGUUCUGCUUGGUACUACAUUUCCUGUGGUGGCUGCAAUAGUAAGGCAGUGAAAGGGCCUACUUCCCUGGUUUGCAACAAUAAGAAGUGUGAUAAAAGAGAAGUCACAGGCGUACCUCAGUACCUGACAAAGAUUUCUGUUUAUGAUAAGAGUGAGCAAGCAGUUUUUGUCAUCCUUGGUGAUGCUGGAAAGGAGUUGACUGGCAAGCAUGCAGCAGAAUUAGUUGCAAAUUACUUUGAGUCUAAUGCUGGAGUUGGGGUUGAUCAUUGCGUUCCUGUUCCGGAUGCUUUGCUUGAGACAAUCGGGCAGACACGCAAGUUCAUCGUGAAGGUCUCGGAUCAUAACUUGACAGGCAAGACUCAGACCAUAACUGUCACAAAGAUUAUCCCAGCAGGUGCUCCUCUUCCAUCAGUGUCUGAUGGUAUCUCAAAGACUGGGGGUGAUGACUCUGGACCUUCCGGAGUGGUCGGAGGUGAUGCAGGUGAUAGGGCUAGAAAAGCAGCUGAGUAUCUUGAGUCGGAUGAGGCCAAGCGUUCGAAGAGUGGCUAAUAUAGCUUGAACUCUUCCUUCUAUGCAGUAAACGUGUUUGCUGCGGUUUAUGUGUGCUUUUAUUUUCCCUAAUAAUUUUGCGUUCUUGACAUUUGCAUUUUCAGAGUUUUAUCCUUUCAUGUUUAAGUUUUUGUUGAAUACAAUUUUCGUUAUAUGGUUUUACUUAUCCCUUUGAGCAAUUUACUUUACUUAUCCUGUUAUGAUCUUUUUAUUUGUUCAGUGUGAAGAUUAUCUUAGUUUACUUUAUACUAUGA